AUGGCCGACGAGGGUUCCGAUGCAGGCUGGACUACUGUCCACCUGAAAUCCCAGCCGCACCCCGAUCGCCUCCCGCCUGCUCACCGCGAACUAUACGAGAAGUCCAAGAUCCGGGAAUGGGAGGCGUCCAGCGGCCAUUGGUCUGGCAUUGGAAAACACCCAGACGACUUCGCCGAGGCCAAGAAGAUACACGCCAAGAUCAUCGCCCCCAAGGACAACGACCUGGGAAUGGGCACCUUUGGCCGCGUCGAGAGAGUCACCCACCGCACUGUUCGCCUGGCACGCAAAUGGAUCAAGCCCCAACGCAACCAGACCUUUCACACCUUGCGGAGGGAGGCACUGGCCAUGGAGCGUCUGGACCAUGACCACAUCGUCAAGCUGAUCGGGACUUACACCUUUAAACAGCGAGAGCUUUACCUUCUGAUAUGGCCCGUUGCCGUUUGCAACCUUGACGAACUACUCACCGAUCUCGCCGACUUGAGAAGCGGCCAGGGUGAUCGUGAGGAUAUUUUGAAGAGGCUCGAUGAGCUAGACAUAUCUGACCUGACCCUCGUCGAGUCUGGCGGUCGUAAAGGUCCAGCAGACGCUGGCAAAGCCAAGUGUCCUCUCAAUUUCCUUCAGCGUAUCAUGGGCUGCAUUGCCCAAGCCGUCACACACUGCCACGCCUCCAAAGUUCGCCACCUUGACCUGAAGCCGAGUAAUAUCUUAUUGAACCCCAACAAGGUCUAUCUCGCCGACUUUGGCAUUGCUCGAGAUUUCCAUGGCCAGGAAAACACCGCCACCAUGGGUCUUCACGGAACCCCCAAGUGGCGCCCACCCGAGGCCUAUAUCCCCGAGGAGUACUCCACGCAGUGUGCCGACAUAUACUGUCUGGGCCUCAUAUACCUAAACAUUGCUACGCUUGUGUUUCAUGGUGACUUGAACAACUUCCACUCGGUGGUCGGAGAUUUGUUGCCCCAUUCCCGGGCCGAGAAACUCGCGGCUCACCAAGAGAAACUGGCUCUUCACGCUCUGGCAACCCAGCGUUUCCACGACGUGAAACGGCCGACUGUCGCGCCGCGCCACAUUCUCGGUCUCACUGGGAGAAUGGUCUCCUCUGACCCGAAGGCUAGACCCCGAGCGGACCAAGUGGACCAGGAACUCGUUGACCUUGGUGGCAUCGAACAGGUCUAUCAUAACAGCUGUUGUCGGAAGAGUGCCCGGUUUGUCGGCAACCGAAUCGACAAGAGGCUUGCGGAUGCGGCUACCGAGAACGCCCAAUUGAGGCCCGAAAACGAGCGGCUGCAGAAAGAAGUCAAGUCACUGAGAGCCAUGGACGAAACUUACCGUCUGCGCCUAGAAAACCAGGAGAAGAAGCACGCCAGGGACACCGAGCUUCUGACGAAGCAGCGCGACGAUGAAAGGCAAAAACGCAGAAAGUUAGAAGAACGGGUCAACGAGCUGGAGAAGGAGUUGACACACAGACGGACAGGCUUACCCCUGCCUAACACCAACCUCAACGCCUGCUUCACGUCCAACGCCGCCAUCACCAAAUUACGCCAGGGUCUGGGCAUCAACACCAGGCCACACACCCACCCUUUGCGUCAAGCCGCGAUACGUCCCUCUCCCUCGACAAAUGCUUCAUCCUCGGCAGCCCCGCGUCCGACGCCGCCAGCGCGGAUUCCAAGUGGCCCUCACAAGGCAUGGGUCACUCCCAAUGCUGCUGUCAUGUCAGGCGCCUCCAGACCUGAUCCUGCAUCACGGCCAUCGGAGACACCCUCACCAAAUCCUCAAGCAAGUGGCACGUUGCCCUCACGGGGCUCUAAUUCCCGUCUUCCAAUCCUCGCAAAGCUUCCGACCACUCCACGGUCGAGCGCACCCAGGCUCAACAGAGAUAGCAGCUCGGCGGACAGCACGCAGGCCAGCAUGUCUUCAUCCAUAUUCUCGCGCCGUAGUUUCGAGACGAGCACGGAGAUGUUCACUCCCCCGGCAAUGAGCCCCUCUCUGAAACAAUCCGGCUUCGAUGUUGUUGUCCGGGAGGUUGCUGACCCGGAGCCGUCCUACGGGCCUUUGGGUCCUACUCAUUCUGUUCCACCGUCCAUGUCUUCUUCCGUGUUAUCUUCUCCCCACACGACCAAGGCUGAGCUCGCAUCUGUCGCUGGAAGUGAAGUGUCGCGGGAAGGCCUAGGCCAGGUAAAGAUUCCAUCGUUGCAGUCAGGAAAGAGCUGGGCAGCCGUCGCUGGCGAGUCUCACACGCUGGCGAAGAUGGUUGGCCCACCACCGCAGAUCAACUCUAUUUCUGGCAGCCCCGAGAGGAGCAGAGAGCGCGUCAGGUGA